UUUAUUUAUUUUUGAGACAGAGUCUUGUUAUGUUGUCCUCAGUAGAGUGCUGUGACGUCACAGCUCACAGCAACCUCAAAAUCCUGGGCUUAAGUGAUUCUCUUGCCUCAGCCUCCCAAGUAGCUGGGACUACAGGUGCCAACUAUAUUUUGUUGCAGUUGUCAUUGUUUUUAGCUGGUCCGGGCCAGGUUUGGACCCCCCCCAGCCUCAGUGUAUAUGGCUGGCAUCAUAAUCACUGUGCUACUGGCACUGAGCCUAACUCAUUUAUUCUUUAUGAUAACUCUCAUAAUUGACACAGCAGGAGGUUAGGCAGCCUGCCCCAGGUCGAACAUCUGGUAAGCAUGGAACUAGGAGACAAACCCAGGCCUGUGACUCUGUGGUCAUAACUGUUGUGCUUUGUUACUUAUUGCUCAUGUAUUUUCUAGUUUGUGUUUGUCUUCUAAUUUUGUUCAUAGCAUUAUUUUAGGAAGUGUGACAAUUAAGUUUGCGAACUUGUCACCAUGUGUUUACACGGCAGCACUAUACACACAGCUUGGUAAGCAUUCAUGACUUUGGUAUAUUAGUGGCUCACAGUGGUGUUCCUAUUGAUGUGUGGGGGUGUUUUUGCUGGUGGUAUUUUUAUUGUUGGAUGUAUUUGUAUGCCUUUAUGAGACUGUUGGAGCUUGAAUUAGAGCAAUGAACAAACAUUCAUAAAUUUCUCAUUUCACUAUCAGGGAUACAUUAUUCCAAGGUUAUGGGGAUAAUGAUGAAAAAAACAACAGUGUACAAAUGAAUGAAAUGUUUUUCUGGGGGGAGAAAAGGCGUCACUGAUGAAGAGAGGUCAGGGUAAUGAGCAGAACUGAUGAAAAACAUUGCAAAAAUUCAUUGAUUUUUCAGCUUACUGUGAGAAGCAUAGCAGACCAACAUCAACAGAGAAACAGGAAAAUCUUGGCCAACAACUCACGGUUCUGGUAUCACAACAGUGCACCAGCUCACACAGCACUGUCUGUGAGGGAGUUUUUAGCCAGUAAACAAAUAACUGUGUUGGACCACCUUCCCUACUCACCACAUCUGGGCCCCAAUGACUUUUAUCUUUACUUGAAGAUAAAGGAAAUAUUGAAAGGAAGACAUUUUGAUGACAUUCAGGACAUCAAGGGUAACAAAAUGACAACUUUGGCCAUUCCAGAAGAAGAGUUCCAAAAUUGCUUUGAAGGGUGGAGUAGGCACUGGAGUUGGUGCAUAGUUUCCCAAGGGGAGGACUUCGAAAGUGACCGUGGUGAUAUUCAGCAAUGAGGAGGAGAGACUUCAGCAUGCAAACCUUCAUCUGUUCGGCUUGCACCGUCAUUUUCAUUCCAUGCUGCUGGCCUUCAGAUGGCUGGACAGAUGCCCCAUUCACAUCAGUACAGUGACCGUCGCCAGCCAAACAUAAAUGACCAACAGGUUUCUGCCUUAUCGUAUUCUGACCAGAUUCAGCAACCUCUAACUAACCAGGUGAUGCCUGAUAUUGUCAUGUUACAGAGGCGGAUGCCCCAAACCUUCCGUGACCCUGCAACUGCUCCCCUGAGAAAACUUUCUGUUGACUUGAUAAAAACAUAUAAGCAUAUUAAUGAGGUUUACUAUGCAAAAAAGAAGCGAAGACACCAACAGGGCCAGGGAGACGAUUCUAGUCAUAAGAAGGAGCGGAAGGUUUACAAUGAUGGUUAUGAUGAUGAUAACUAUGAUUAUAUUGUAAAAAACGGAGAAAAGUGGAUGGAUCGAUACGAAAUUGACUCCUUGAUAGGCAAAGGUUCCUUUGGACAGGUUGUAAAGGCAUAUGAUCGUGUGGAGCAAGAGUGGGUUGCCAUUAAAAUAAUAAAGAACAAGAAGGCUUUUCUGAAUCAAGCUCAGAUAGAAGUGAGACUUCUAGAGCUCAUGAACAAACAUGACACUGAGAUGAAAUACUACAUAGUGCAUUUGAAACGCCACUUUAUGUUUCGAAACCACCUCUGUUUAGUUUUUGAAAUGCUGUCCUACAAUCUUUAUGAUUUAUUGAGGAACACCAAUUUCCGAGGGGUCUCUUUGAACCUAACACGGAAGUUUGCACAACAGAUGUGCACUGCACUGCUUUUCCUUGCAACUCCAGAACUUAGUAUCAUUCACUGUGACCUAAAACCUGAGAAUAUCCUCCUUUGUAACCCCAAACGCAGUGCAAUCAAGAUCGUUGACUUUGGCAGUUCUUGUCAAUUGGGGCAAAGGAUAUACCAGUAUAUUCAGAGUCGCUUUUAUCGGUCUCCAGAGGUGCUACUGGGAAUGCCUUAUGACCUUGCCAUUGACAUGUGGUCACUUGGGUGUAUUUUGGUUGAAAUGCACACUGGAGAACCUCUGUUCAGUGGUGCCAAUGAGGUAGAUCAGAUGAAUAAGAUAGUGGAAGUUCUGGGUAUUCCACCUGCUCAUAUUCUUGACCAAGCACCAAAAGCAAGAAAGUUCUUUGAGAAGUUGCCAGAUGGCACUUGGAACUUAAAGAAGACCAAAGAUGGAAAACGGGAAUACAAACCGCCAGGAUCCCGUAAACUUCAUAACAUUCUUGGAGUAGAAACAGGAGGACCUGGCGGGCGCCGUGCUGGGGAAUCGGGUCACACAGUAGCUGACUACUUGAAGUUCAAAGACCUCAUAUUAAGGAUGCUUGAUUAUGACCCCAAAGGUCGAAUCCAACCUUACUAUGCCCUGCAGCACAGUUUUUUCAAGAAAACAGCGGAUGAGGGUACAAAUACAAGUAAUAGUGUAUCCACCAGUCCUGCGAUGGAGCAGUCCCAGUCUUCAGGCACCACCUCCAGCACAUCAUCAAGCUCAGGUGGCUCAUCGGGCACGAGCAACAGUGGGAGAGCCAGGUCAGACCCGACGCACCAGCACCGGCACAGCGGCGGGCACUUCACGGCUGCCGUCCAGGCCAUGGACUGUGAGACACACAGUCCCCAGGUGCGUCAGCAAUUUCCUGCUCCUCUUGGGUGGUCAGGCACUGAAGCUCCUACACAGGUCACUGUUGAAACUCAUCCUGUUCAAGAAACAACCUUUCAUGUAGCCCCUCAACAGAAUGCAUUGCAUCAUCACCAUGGAAACAGUUCCCAUCAUCAUCACCACCACCAUCACCAUCAUCACCACCAUGGACAACAAGCCUUGGGUAACCGGACCAGGCCAAGGGUCUACAAUUCUCCAACAAAUAGCUCCUCUACCCAGGAUUCUAUGGAGGUUGGCCACAGUCACCACUCCAUGACAUCCCUGUCUUCCUCAACGACUUCUUCCUCAACAUCUUCCUCCUCUACUGGUAAUCAAGGCAAUCAGGCCUACCAGAAUCGCCCAGUGGCUGCUAAUACCUUGGACUUUGGACAGAAUGGAGCUAUGGACGUUAAUUUGACCGUCUACUCCAAUCCACGCCAAGAGACUGGCAUAGCUGGACAUCCAACAUACCAAUUUUCUGCUAAUACAGGUCCUGCACAUUACAUGACUGAAGGACAUCUGACAAUGAGGCAAGGGGCUGACCGAGAAGAGUCCCCCAUGACAGGAGUUUGUGUGCAACAGAGUCCUGUAGCUAGCUCGUGACUACAUUGAAACUUGAGUUUGUUUCUUGUGUGUUUUUAUAGAAGUGGUGUUUUUUUCCAAAAACAAAGUGCAAAGCUGCUUGAAUCAGAAGGAGAUUAACACACUGAACCGCUACAAGAGGGCAAAGCUGAAUUUUUUUUUUUUUUUAACUUGAAAAGAUUGCAAAGGGACAAUGAAGUGUUUAAAAGAGCCAUGUCCAAACCCAUCUUCACGGAUAGCUCAGAGGUAUCCUCUUUUUUGCCUCCCCCAUUUUAACUUGCCACAUCCCAGUCAUAGUGGGUUUUUUUGUCUUUCUCUUCAACAAAAGUUAGUGUUCAGAUGUUGGUCUCAGUCAUUUGCCAACUAAUUUUAAAAUAAAAGGCACUGCACAUAAUUUGCAUAAAGGGCCCCAUGAGGGUGUUUUUUUCUUUCUUCUCAUUUUUUUCCCCCUUUUGGGAGGUUUUGUUUUGUUUUGGGUGGGGGGUGGGAAGUUUGGGUUUUUUAGUCCUCCAAACACACUUGAGCACGGAAAUGCAGUACUGUAAGGAAGAGGGACCUCCAGCUUACACAAACACCAUCUUCAGCUGUAUGGAAGGGACGGUUGUAUUGAAGUUUGUAAGGCACAUUAAGCAUGCUAAGUGGCGGGGAUCAGAACUCUCCUAUCUGAACCUACUGAGGAGCAAAGCAGCAAUCACAUGGGAUCCUGUGGGUCUCCUGUCGUAGAGGCCACAGUAAGAUAGGAAUGGAACGUGACUGGUCUCCCAACCAAGGUGCACUGAGACGCAAUCAACGGGUCAGUUGUGGCCAGUCCUGGGGAGGUCUGAGUGGUGGUCUUUGGGAUAACCUUUGGCCUUAUGGAUUUGGACUCGAAAUUAGAAGAGCCUACCAUUUCAGAUGCAAUCACUUUUGGACAUGCUUUUGCAGACAGUCCUUAAUGCUGAAAACACAGAGAAUGGGUAAUUCAAGAGGCCUUUCUUUUAAAAUAGACUUUUGUGACCCACUAAUCGUAAGGUAUUGCAAGGUCACUUUGCGUGUGUCAUAAAGUUGACUUCCUUAUUGGUUGAAGGUCACAGAAGUAGUGGUUUGCUUUGAUGGAAAUAGCUACAGCUGUGUCCCUUCCUGCUUUUUAUUUUUUCUUUUGCUUUUUCUUGGCACGUGGUAUCUCCACCAUUUCUUCUGCACAAAGAUGUCUUCUGUUCAUCCUGAACAUUUUUAAAAAAAUGCAGAAUUUUAUGUGACUGCUUUUUUGCCUCACAAUUAUGCUGUGAAUUUUACAAAAAUUUAUUUUCUUUUUUGAUAAUUUAUUGUACCAAAGCUGUUUUUAUAGCACAUAGAUGUCUGUAACCAAUAAUGUAGCAGUUCUGCACUUUGACACAAGGUGUAACUAGACCAUUUUUAAAUGUCAGUUGAAAAUUAUGGCUGUACUAUUGCUUAAACAAAACUGGAACUGUUGUUGAAUCCAUAGCCAAUACAUUUACAGCAAUCUGUGUACUGAACAUAAUAGAUUGACAUCUAAUUCAAGAUUACAACAUCUGUUACAUUCUAAAUGUGUUCAGGCUUCUGAAGGUAAAGGGACACUGGAUCCAGAAGCUAUGGAACCAGCAGUUGAUUCUUGUAUUCCUGAUUAACCUACUUGUAAACUUGAAAGCAAGACCUCGAUUGCACCAACAGGUCCAAAAUGUGAGCGGGAGUAAAGCAGAACUCUCACACGUGACCUGAGUGAGCAGGCUGGUAUUUAACAGGUGCCUCGUUUGAGACUAUGCUGCCUUAAUGUAACACAGUCUGGCAGUUGCUAAAUUUGUGUUCCCAUUUUAAAUUGACCAAUUUUAGGGUGUUAGACUUUAGAGCGGUUGAAUUGGGAGAAUGAAGAUAAGUGAUUUACCUGUCCAGGAUCAAAAGAAGCCUAGAAAAGAAGCAGUAAUCUACCUCUGCCGAUAACCCUGUUCAAAACAACUCAGCAGAACACCACAUUACUUUUUAUUGGUCAAUUUCCAUGUGGCUGACUAGGUCAAUUUUUUUCUGAACAAAAGCAGGUUUUUAUAUGUAAACAGUGACAAAAGAAAGGCUUAAAACUAUGUAAAUGUGAAUGGAAACUUGGAAAUACCCAUUUUUAUAAACCACAAAAUUUUUUUGCUGUUAAUCAGGAAAUCCAUAUUUAUUUUGUAAUUAAAUGUCAAGCCUGUGGAUGAUUUUUUUUUAACUUGGUAGUUCAUAAAGGUUUACGGUGAAUAAAAGGAUAUCAUCUUGAGUAUAGCAAUAUCAAAGGAAUUCAGUAGUUACUGCUGUUUAGGAAUAUAAGCUUAAGAUAUUAUAUGGGUCAGGUGAUUUUUUUUUUUUUUUUUUUUUUCUGUGCUGGUUGCCACAUCUUAGCAAGCACCAAAAAACUAAAGCAGUUUUUAAACCAAUAUUUACAUAAAGAAAAUCAUAAAAUCCAAUGCUUCUGCAUACUGUGUUAUGUUACAGUCCAGUUUUGUGUGCUUUACUACACAGUUUGGUUACAGGACUUCUGUGCAUUGUAAACAUAAACAGCAUGGAAAAGGUUAAAUACCUGUGUUCAGAUUGUAAGAUCUAGUCCGGACUUGCUGUGUAUAUUGUAACGUUAAAUGAAAAAAGAACCCCCCUUUGUAUUAUAGUCAUGCGGUCUUAUGUAUGAUAAACAGUUGAAUAAUUUGUCCUCA